AUGGGCCUGACGGGUGGUCGAGAAAAGGUGAACCUGUUAUUCUCAACAAGAGAGAGAUGGGAGGAGGAGGGGUCAUGUGAUGCCUGGCCCUGCCUGUCGCUGCCUGUCGCUGCCUGGGCCUGUCUGGGCCUGCCUGUCGCUGCCUGGACCUGCCUGGGCCUGUCUGGGCCUGCCUGUCGCUGCCUGGGCCUGCCUGGCCCUGCCUGUCGCUGCCUGGACCUGCCUGUCGCUGCCUGGGCCUGUCUGGGGCUGCCUGGGCCUGCCUGUCGCUGCCUGGGCCUGCCUGUCGCUGCCUGGGCCUGCCUGGCCCUGCCUGUCGCUGCCUGGGCCUGCCUGUCGCUGCUUGUCUCUGCCUGGCCUUGCCUGUCGCUCCCUGGCCCUGCCUGUCGCUGCCUGACCCUGCCUGUCGCUGCCUGGGCCUGCCUGUCGCUGCCUGACCCUGCCUGUCGCUGCCUGGGCCUGCCUGUCGCUGCCUGUUGCUGCCUGGGCCUGCCUGUCGCUGCCUGA